CAGUAGAUUCGUUAAAUAAAAUCUGGUCACACCGGUAUUGAGUAUAAUCAAUUAAUCAUUACAAAAUAUAGGUGAUAACGAGAUAUCAAUGACAAAUACGUUUUUGUUACAUAAAUUGACCAUUUGUUGAUUUCUAGACCUAUUUACAAUGGCGGCCCCAUUAGAAGAUACCUUUUUAUAUUUUGCUUAUGGAAGUAAUUUAUUGAAGAAAAGAAUACGUAUUAACAACCCUACUGCGGAAUUUGUAGGAAUCGGCAAACUUGAUGGUCACCAAUUAGAUUUCAUGAAAUAUUCUGAUCAUUGGAGAGGUACGUCGGCAACAAUAAUACCAACGGAUAACUCAUAUGUUUGGGGUGCAGUUUGGAAAUUACAUGUUAAGGAUAUGCCUGCAUUAGACAAACAAGAAGGUGUUGACACUAAUUGGUAUUUUGCGAAAACUGUUGAUGUCAUCACUCCUAAUGGUGAAAAAUUACAGUGUCGUACUUACCAACAAACAAUAAAUCCGCCUCUAAGAGCUUCUCAUGAAGAGCUGCCACCUGAAAGAAGACCUUCAAGUACUUACUUAGACUGCAUUGUUAAUGGAGCAAUAGAAUGUAACUUGCCUAAAGAUUAUGUAAUAGAGUUAAAAAAAAUUCCACACAAUGGACAAAAAGCUUCUCCUAAAAUGAUUGAAAAAUUAAAUAUGUAACUUAAUAUAUUUUGGGAACUUUAUUUUUGAAGAAAAAAAAAUGUAAAUAAUGAAUGAUUUAAUUUUAUUUUAUUUGUGAAUUUAUUUUACUAUAAAGUUGACUGGCCAUUUGAAUGUCA